AUGGGAGGAAAACAAGACUCGGCAAAUGCGACCGCGAAAUCGGAAUCCAUGGCGACGAAGGCGAAUCCAGAUCUGUUGAACAGUUUCUCUUUCAAAUCCCUAAAAUUGAAGACGAAGCAGCAAGAACUCCUGAUCCGUGUCUCGAUCCUCGGUCUCGUCUACGUCUUAGCUUUCAUCGCUCGUCUCUUCAGUGUUCUCCGAUACGAAUCCAUGAUCCACGAAUUCGAUCCGUAUUUCAACUACCGUACUACCCUUUUCCUUACUGAGAAAGGCUUCUACGAGUUUUGGAACUGGUUCGAUUCAGAGAGUUGGUAUCCUCUUGGUCGGAUCAUCGGCGGUACGCUUUAUCCCGGUCUCAUGGUCACCGCCGCUCUAAUCUACUGGACACUUCGGUUUCUUCGAUUCUUCGUUCACAUCCGUGAGGUUUGUGUGUUAACCGCACCGUUUUUCGCCUCCAAUACCACACUCGUUGCGUAUUUCUUUGGUAAAGAGAUUUGGGAUACAGGAGCUGGGCUUGUUGCUGCUGCUCUGAUUGCAAUUUGCCCUGGUUACAUUUCUCGGUCCGUCGCUGGAUCGUAUGAUAACGAAGCGGUCGCAAUUUUCGCUCUUUUGUUGACGUUUUAUCUCUUUGUUAAGGCGGUGAAUACUGGAUCAUUGGCAUGGGCUCUUGGCUCUGCGUUUGGUUACUUUUACAUGGUUUCUGCUUGGGGAGGCUAUGUGUUUAUUAUUAACUUGAUUCCGCUUUAUGUCUUGGUGUUGUUGAUUACUGGAAGGUAUUCGAUGAGGCUUUACAUAGCUUAUAACUGUAUGUAUAUCUUGGGAAUGCUCCUUGCGAUGCAAAUUCGGUUUGUCGGUUUUCAACAUGUUCAAUCUGGAGAACAUAUGGGUGCAAUGGGAGUCUUCUUAUUGAUGCAGGUGUUUUACUUCCUCGACUGGGUGAAGUAUCAGCUCAAUGACACUAAGUUGUUCCAAACCUUUUUGAAGAUAACUGUGACAUCGGCUGUUCUGGUUGGUAGUAUUGCUCUGGGUGUAGGAACAGCGUCUGGCUAUAUAUCUCCAUGGACUGGUCGAUUUUACUCAUUGCUUGACCCGACUUAUGCAAAGGAUCACAUUCCCAUUAUUGCGUCUGUUUCUGAGCAUCAGCCAACGGCCUGGUCGUCUUUCAUGUUUGACUACCAUAUUUUGCUCUUCCUUUUCCCUGCGGGACUUUACUUCUGUUUCAAGCGCUUGUCGGAUGCUACAAUAUUUAUCGUCAUGUAUGGUCUCACUAGCUUGUACUUUGCUGGUGUCAUGGUCCGGCUUAUUCUCGUCGCCACCCCAGCAGUUUGCCUUAUCAGUGCCAUAGCUGUCUCUGCCACUGUCAAGAAUUUAACUUCUCUACUAAGGACGAAACAAAAGGUUCCCCUGGCUGGUUCCACGAAAGGAGCCGGUAGUUCAAAAGCCUCUUCGAAGGUUUCACUUGAUCAGUCUCAACCUUUCCAGAAGAAUGGUGCUAUUGCUCUUCUUCUUGGUGUAUUUUAUUUGCUUAGUAGAUAUGCUAUUCACUGCACAUGGGUGACAUCAGAGGCAUAUUCAUCUCCUUCAAUUGUCCUAGCUGCAAGAGGAGCUCACGGGAACAGAAUCAUCUUUGAUGAUUACCGUGAGGCCUACUACUGGCUUAGGCAAAACACUCCCACUGAUGCUAAGAUCAUGUCGUGGUGGGACUAUGGAUACCAAAUCACUGCCAUGGGAAAUAGAACCGUCAUCGUUGACAACAACACCUGGAACAACACUCAUAUUGCUACUGUUGGACGAGCCAUGUCUUCUUAUGAAGACGAGGCAUAUGACAUCAUGAGGUCACUUGAUGUGAACUAUGUAUUGGUUGUCUUUGGUGGCGUUACUGGUUAUUCUUCAGAUGAUAUUAACAAGUUCUUGUGGAUGGUGAGAAUUGGAGGCGGAGUAUUUCCAGUGAUCAAGGAACCUGAUUACCUAGUGAAUGGUGAGUUCCGGGUAGACAAGGGUGCGUCACCAAAGAUGCUGAACUGUCUCAUGUACAAGUUGUGUUAUUACAGGUUUGGUGAGCUGGUCACAGAAUACGGCAAGCCAUCCGGGUAUGAUAGAGCAAGAGGAGUGGAGAUAGGGAACAAAGACAUCAAACUGGAACACUUAGAAGAAGCCUACACAACAUCCAACUGGAUUGUUCGUAUUUACAGAGUCAAACCUCCUACGAACAGGUUGUGA